CCCUGGCUCUUGGCAUGGCUGCGGCGCAAUGAGCAGAGGUGAAAUGUACAGAGGAGCUGGUGUCCUUGCAUUAGCAUCUUUGUCCCUCUUCGCCGUUCUUGUCAUCGAGCACCAUAGCAGUUCAGCACUGGUAGAGCGCAUUCCUGAUACAGGGGAGGAUUACUUCUCAGCUAUUGAACCACCCCACCGACCUUACGAAUGGCCCUGGUUGAAGGACAAGAAGUUCAGUGAUCGGGUGAGGCCUCUGGGGUACGAACCCUCAGACGCCUGGAAUGGCGAACCACAAUGGUAUUCCGGCUAUGUGAGGACUCAGUACGAUGAGUUCGGCGACAGAGCUUACGACGUGAACAUGCGACCGGCGCAAGACUGCUACGACGAAGACCACGACGACUGCUACAGAGAACGGUUCGACGAGCAGACAGGUUACCUCAGAGCCGAGGACUCAGGGGAGCCUGAGGAGUAAUGAAACCUCUUUCACAGAUUCGAAACAUGAAAAUAGUUGAUUGACAGUGAAAUUUCAAAGUUCG